UGUCGAGUAAUGUGCGCCGCUGAGGAACAGUCCCUGCACGCGCCUUGAGUUUCAUUUUACCUUUUUUCGCCCUCCCCCACCCGACACUCACACAUAUGAACACCAACCGCACACACAUUCACACACGCGCGCACAUUUAAGAAUAUCAACAAAAUACUUCAAAGAUUUCGGCGGGUAGGAUUUUUUAAUGUGUUUUACAAGGGUACGCAUCAUAAAGCAAACAAAAUACAUACACAUUUGCUUAAUUUCAUAAAUUCAAACGACGGAGCAGCAACAAAGUAGCAAAUAGCUCUAACUGUAAAUUGCAGUGUCUUUGAUAAAAUAAGCAACAGCAAUAACAGCGCAAGCACAAUUUCUAUGAGCAGCAACAAAUGCAACAACAGAACAUUACGAAAAGCAAAACACGCUCCUUUAGUAUGAAAUGAGACGACAAGACAAACGCGUCGCCAUCGAAGAUCGCUUAAAACCAGUACGGACUAGGCCACGCUUACAGGCAGAAGCAUCGAAGUUGGAGACGGAUAGUGGCGCAGGAAAGCAGGAAAGGAAGCAUGGACCGGGAUAAUCUACAGCAGUGGUGGGAGAACUCAUACCGGCGUCAUCACCCGGUUCUUGACUCCACGGAGCUGCACAUUGCUCUUCAAGAGCAAAACCAUCUUCUAACGGACUACGACUAUGGCAACUUAAGCAUGGGAAAUCCGUACGACUUGGACUCGGAACACUCCAUCUCCUCGCUAACCCUUCUCCUGCUGGCAGUCAGCUACGGCCUGGUCGUCUUUGGCGGCGUUGUGGGCAACUCUACGCUAGUGCUGACCCUUUGCUCGGCCUCUUCGGUGCGUCUGCGUAACCCACUCCUACUAGCCGUUUGCAUUGCAGACCUGCUGGUCACUGGCAUCUCCGCCCCGGUCACGCUCCUCAACCUCGCUAUGAACCGGCGGACACGAUCUCUACCACUUGUGCUAUGCAAGGUCAUACACUAUAUACAGGUUAUGCCUGUAGCAGCCAGCACCAUCUCAUUCUUCAUGCUCUCAUUGGACCGCUACGCCACAGUGAAACAUCCGCGAUUGGCGCAGCUCCGACAGCGCCGCUACUUGCAUGUCUCGCUGGCUCUGCUUUCCUGGAUAGCAUCGGCUGCCAUUAGCACACCUUUUCUGUUUGCCUAUAAGAUCAUCGCCAAAUCGAUGGUUGUAAAGGGUGGCGUGGCAGCGAGCACCACGCCGAACCCAGUCAGCAUAAGCUGCACCUCCGACCUGGGUGCCAGCGCCAUGUUCAUAUCCUUUAUCAUCUUUCACACGUUCGCUGUGUUCGUCCUGCCGGGCCUUGGAGUGCUGCUCAACCAUUAUGGCGUACGUCGCAAGCUCUGCGCCCUGUCGCUGACGGCUCGGGCUGCCCAUGGAGAGCUGCCCCUACCAAUCCCUAUUCUGAGGCGGCAGACCCACAUGGUCAUCGUGACGGGCUGCCCCAACGCCCAACAGGCAGCCUGCGGGGGGGGCACCACAGCGGAUGACACCUCCAAUGGAAACGGAACGGGCACUGGGGGCGGUCUCAUGGCUGUCAGUCCAGGAGACAUCCAGCUUCACACGUUACAGCCACGGCAGCCAGGCUCGAUCGGAUCGGCUCUCGAACCGGGCUCUUACCGCUCCAGCAAUCCUAUAUCGCCCAGGGCCAUGAGAGAGAUUCGUGCCCACUCGCAGCGACAGCGCAUCAACCGGGCGGGAAGGGGACCGGCAACACCAGGAAUACCGUUGCCUCAAACAUCCACGCUUCGGUCUCGCCGGCACCUGGCCAACAUGCUCAUUGCCUCAGCUGUAAUCUUCAUAGCCUGCUGGGCACCCCAUGUUUUCUGCAUCUUCUACAAAAACCUCGGCAGCAAGCAGCAGUGCAGCCAGAGUUCCGUUUACUUCAGCCUCCUGCUAGGCUACUUCUACUCGGCCAUCAGUCCAGUGAUAUACUGGGCCCUUAACCACAACUCGCUUCGACAAUCACCCUGCGCGCCCAUCAUCCGCCUGCGCUCCAUGCAGAACUUCCUGAGGUCGCGUUUCCGGACGCACACCGCCCCGCCACCUCCCUCGUCCACAAAUGAGGCGGCCCUAGGGGCCUUUAACCCCAAACUAAUCAAGCUGACACCGAAACAGUAUAGAGCUCAGGCCUCUUCGCAUUAUCUCUACUAGUGUGAUACUAAACUAACUUGAUAUACAUAUAUACACAUUUAUAUACACGCAUAUAUACUAUAUUUUUUACCUACGCCCUCCCAAAGCCCCGGGAUUCCCUGAUACCGAACUCCGAACUCCAAACGGAACUAUCUAGAUGUUUUUCAAAAGCUCUACGCAACUAGUUGGCGUUACCUACUGCAGCAUACUGGAUAUAUAUGCUACAUAUAUUAGAUUACAUACUACCGAACAUAGCAGUGUUAGUUUACGCUUAUUUACACGAUGUUGUGCGCCUAAAGCUAUGCAAUAAAGGCAGCGGAAUCCUGUCGAAACUUUGCCUAUAUCGAGAAAUACUGGUAACGAAAACAAACACUAAAAAACUUUAAAAACGAAGACCCUUUUAGUGACUUGUUCGAAAUGUUGUUUAGUCUUUUAAGCUGAAAUAUUGUACUAUGUUCCUUCUUAUAGAUAAGCAAUAAGUGAACGCUUUAAGCCAAGUUAAACAAACGAAAAUCGAAUCAAACUAAAAAACGAUCUACAACUUUUAAACGAUUUAAACGUAAGCAGAUAUGCAUACCUAAAGCAACAUAAAUAAUUAUAUAUACGAUUACAUACAUAUAACAUAUAAAAUUAAAAAAUGAUGUAAAUGUGAGCAAAAACAAGAUGAUAAUAUUAGUACUGUAUACAUACAUACAUAUUCUUCGACUUAAUUCCUUAUACACUUUUUCUAACCAUUUUUUAAUAUUGUUCAGUAAACUGAACACGGUGUAAAGUCAAGCUAAAGAAGCGUAGACCUGCCGAGAUAUUCGCGUGCAUAUGCAAGAGCCACCCACGACAUUUGACUCAGGAUCGGGUUUCAUUUCACACAUUUUAGUGGCCAUAGUUUUUAAAUUUACUAGUAGACUCUUAUAUGCUCCCCUGCGAACGACAUGUGUUUACGACCUCUAAGUUUUCAGUUAAAACCUUAAAUACCUUUCUAUACGGUUUAAACCGUAAGCUAUCUUUAAAUAAUCAUUGUUUUGUACUUUACAAAAAGCCAUCGAAAAAGAGUAACUAUAAGAAAUACAAUAAAUCUAGUAAACUCA